AUGACAAAAAGUAGCGUCAAGAAUACGCUACGGCCAGAGACGAAAGAAGUAGCGCUGCUUCCGGUUUCAGAGGAAUGGGAGACCCGCAAGAAGAAGGAAAUAACUACCACCAGGCAGAUAGAGACCAGAGUGAAGAGGCAAGUGGUGCUGGAAGAUGGCGAGGUAGUCGUCGACUCGGGCCCUCUUGUCACCACCAACACCACCGAGGAUGUCGAACAACAAGAACACACCACCCAAGAGAGACGAACAACAGGUGAUCAGCCGCAGGAGGUCGAGUGGCCAGGUGGACGAGGGCCCGCUGAUGACGGUAGCGUGGUGCAAAAGGAGUUGAACGAGACGGUGGUAAGGAGCCGCGAGGAGAUCGAGGAGAGGCUCGAGACGGAGGAUCGCCAACAGCUGGGGGACAUCUCUGACGAGGCGUACCAGAAGGCGGUGAGAAGCAACAGGGGCGACCUGAGGGUGGCUCUCGCCGAAUCCUGUAAGCAGUUGACGUCCCAAAUUGGUCCCAGAGUCGUUCAGCACACGACCAAGUCGAACAAGGUUAUCGACACGGAGAAGACCUUGGAGAAGAAGGAACUGAAACCCGACGGGCUGAUCGUCACCGAGAGGAAACGGACCGUCGAGCACGAAGAGAUAAAAGACGACGAGGUCCCCGACGACGGGAGCGACGCGAACGGGGACGACGCGUCGGAAAAGAAGAAGGAGAGCUCCCAUAGGUUCGUCAAGAAGAGAGACGAGGACGUGGUCGAUUACAUCUCGGGUGGCGAGAGGGUCGCCCGAGAGAUGCGCUACGUCGCCGAAACCACCGAAGGGGAACGUAUAGGCGAUUGGACGCCAUCGCCAACGGCCAUGCGAACCACUCGUUUCCACAAGCAUCCUGGCUUUCCCGCAGAGGGCUUUCCGGCGCGAAAAGACGUGUUGACGAAGAAGCCACUGGACCUAGAAGAGGAAGAUGAAGCGAGGAAGUUUGAGACGUCCAAGUGGUUGGAAAGUCACUUCGGCAGCGAGUCCCGUUCCUCUCACGGUUCCAUCGAGGCCGACGAGUCCCCUCUGCAGACCAGCAACACCAGUUACAUCAACGUUACCAUGAAGUCCUGCCCCUCUAAAGAGCGCGAUUACCAAAACGUGACCUCUAACAGACAUCAGCGAAGAAGCACUGGCAGAGACUCGGCGUCGCCCUCGGGAUAUUUUCAUGGGAUCAGCGAGUGGUCUGAAAGAUACCAAGGAAGAGAGAGGCAGAAUCACGGAAGAACGAGCUCCCCGGCGCAGUACGUGGAACCAGUUCAAACGAACGGGCAUGCGCAUGAUCACGCGAGGAAUCAAGUCCAGGAGUCCACGUAUUCGAGGACGUACGAGUCCGUCCUUCGACGGGAGCACCAGGAUUCCUACGAGAGACAGUGUACGCCCUCCCCGCCAAUCAGACGAAGAUCCAAGGAGCAGUGGUCUACGAGAUCCGAAGAAAGAACAAGCGUGAAUGAUUCCGUGCCAUGUCGCACCGCAAGUCCGAUUCACGUGGUACAAAGGACUUGGGAGAGUCGCAGUCGAGACGUCCAAGAGCAACCAGUGGAACGGGAGAACCGUAAAAAGUCGAUCUCGAGAUCUAGAUCCGCUUCACCCAAACCAGAGUUGGCCCCGCGUGAAAAAAAGAUCUCCAUCGAGACUUCACCUCCAACUCGUCCUGCGAAGAGUUCGGGGCACUCCAAGUACAAGAUUGGCGAGUCGUUCAGGAAACUGGUCGGAAAGCUGCGUUCCGCCAGCUCUGAAAGGAAGAACAAACGCGCAAGUAGCAGUUCUACCUCCCAACUGACCCAGACGGACGACAACGGACCCACUUAUCUCCAGUACAACGUAAUCGAUAAGAACAUCCCUUUGGUCCAUGAAAAGGACGUCGAAGAGAAGCCUCCUGAACGACCACCCAGGUCUCCCAGAAAUGCCACAGUGAACAACAAUGCCAACAAGACGACAAAAGUGGUCAGGACAAGCGACCACGUAGCGCAAGAGCAAUGGCAGCGCAGCGAAUCGACGCCACCGGUUCACAGGUAUUACCUUGGAGAGGAUCCUUUCGGUGGGAGCAUCUAUGGGCGCGAAAAAGGCUACAGGGACGCGAGACGGUCGGCGAAGACGCGCGGCAGGACUACCGCUGAGAUGGAGUACAGCGUUGCGUCCAGCUCCCUCGGCAGGUUUAGCAAGUCCACCGGUCGACUGGCCAGCGACCACGAAAGGGAGGAUCACUUUAGGAGCACCCAAACGUUACCCAGGAACCUGCACUCCGUCGGACAGUCGGCUCGAUCGCAAUCCCGCCCGACGUCGCGACGUCAGUACCUUUCGUCCACCCCGACAAAACAGCCAACUGCCGUACCGUCGUCGAGCCAGUCGCGUCGGUACGGCAGCAUGAUCAACAUCUCCAUUAAGAACACGGUGACGUCACCGAAACACGCCGUGCAAACCAAUCUCCAAGCUCCCGCAAAACCUGAAAGAACUUACAAGUCCACCCUGUCGCGCAGUAAAAGUUUCAACGUCGAGGCUGCUAGGAACGGCUUGGAAACACCCCCACCGAGGAUACCGUACACGUCCAACUUGCAGUUGAAUCGAUUGAACGAGACGCCGCCCCUGAAGAGCCCGGGCAUCUUAGCAAGCAUCAGUCGCAGCAACAGGGACCUGAUAAAGGACACUAGACACGAAUACUGAAUCGUUGUUGCACCUAACGUUUCGAUUCUUAACAAAUAAACCAGCGACCAAGAGAAACAUACCAUUCUAGAACGAUACAGUAGAGCAAUUCUAGUGUCAAUUUAUUGAAUUAAACAAAAAUUGCCUAUUUCGCUUCUAUGUUGGACGCCAUUGUUCUAGAAUCCUGAAUUUAAGAAGACUUAUCACUAGACUGUGGAUUUUAUGUAUUUAUGACGUAUAGCAAUAUAGAAAACAUACAAAUCCUUAAAUGAUUGUCGUAAAAAUAUUUAAUUACAAGUCAUAAACGUAAAUUGAUAUUCGGGAAAAUCUAUUACCGCGAGACAUACAGAAAUCAAAACAAUAGAAUUGCGUAUCGCUUGCGCUUGCUUCAGUUCAUCAAAGAGGCGGGAUGAUCACAUAUGAUCACAUAUGAUCCAGCACAAAAACUAUACAUCAUAUAUAUUAAAUAUAUUCUACAAUUAACAUAAUACUAUUGAUAUUUUCUUUUGUAUAAUUGCACAUACCUUUUGGUUAUGUUUAGCAUGUAUUGAUUAUAUUGGCUUGUAUCAUAAAUGCAUAAAAUUCGCAGUCUACUUAUCACAAGGACUCCUUACAAUGUGUUCUACAAAA